UGUUAUGAUCUGCAGCUCAGGGGAAGAAGAGUUCCAGACCACCGUCCUAUCAGUUACAACAUCUGUUUCUCCCCCUGUCCUAAAAACAACUCCUGUUUUCACUCAGACAGAACCGGCUGUUAGUACCAUAACUAUCACAGAAGAACCUGAAGUCACCCCAACCCAGGACCCAGGCCCUAGACUUGAUCUUCCCAGCAGCAAUACAUCUCCAUUUUCACACCAACCUGAGACUUCAUCUAGUCCUCAACUGCCACAAAGUGCCAACUCAGACAUUUCUGAUACCAGCAAACAAACCAAUAACAUCAAUGACAUUUUUGCCGAUGAUGAUGAUAAUGAUGACACCCUCUCCAGCAACAAUGACAGAACAAUUUCACCAGAAAUAGAUAAUAUUGUCAAGGAUCUGCCGCCAGCCUCAGUGGAGCCAGUGAUUACCGAGUCCCAAGCCACACCUUAUGAUGAAACAGAGGAUUUUAUACAAGAUACAUCACAAAACAAAGAAAACUAUGAGCGUUUGGGACUUGAACCAUGGAAAGUAGGUGUCAUCUCAGCAGCUGCUUUUCUAGCAAUAGAGGCAAUGGUGCUUGCUGUAUAUUGCUUCAUGUGUAGGAAAAGAAGACAAGUGAAUAUAGUCGAAAACUGUGACCGAGAUAGUGAAGCUGGGGAAACAAUAAAUGUGGAAUCAAAUGACAAUACAGUAUCAGGAGAAGAAAGGACAAUUAAUGGGGGACCUGCACAGAAUGGAGGGACUAGUGCCAAGCCUAUUGAGCAACAGGAAGCACAACAACAGGAGAGAGUUGAUCUGCAAGUGAGACUUUUGGACAAAAAAUCUACGGAUGUUUAGAACAGCAACAAAAACAUUACUACAGAAAUACUGUUGCACUUUUUUUUCUCUUUUUUUUCUUAGAACCUCUUAUUAUUUAAUGUUUGUACUCACCAACUACUAACAAAAAUUAUAGUUGUUGUUAAGUUCAAACUAUAGUAAAUGCAUAAAUAACACAUAUUUACAUGUACACUUGUCCUUCCCACAUCACAACUUUUGAGACUGAGAUUUUGGAUUUUACAUUGGUCAGCAUCGACCCUUACCACCAAGCACAAAUAUAUUUGAGUAGCCAUACAUACACUAUAUUUACUUUAUAUUCAUUAGGCUAGGAUGCUCUCGUACCCAGCCCGGUAAAUGUCCUGCGCAAUUCAUGUGAUUUGUGACGCACAUAGUGUAUGUAUCACCGACCACUACAGUACAGGAGCAGAGAGUACAGCAGGCAUUGAAGCCCCUGCUCCUGUAUGUGCUUUCCAUGGUGUGCUACACUCAUUGCAUAGUCCACCGCAGAAACAGAGUUGCGUGCCACCAAUAAGGUUGACGGCUUCUAAACAAUUUUUUUCAUUGUGAGGUUGCCCCAAUCAGAAACGUAGCUUGUAGCUUCUGGAAACAUGCAAUAUCUGCAACAGGGCCCUAUAUGCCAAUUACAAUACUGGUCUUUUUUGGAGAAGAUGUGAUUUGAGCCCCCUUAGGCACUAGGGCCCCGGUGCGACUGCUACCUCUGCUACCUAUAUAGCUACGCCCCUGGCCACAAUCCCAACAACUGAGAUGUAGACGGGUAAAGGGUAUGCACAUAACAUCUACAGUAUUUUGUGCGGCUUUAUUGGGACACAUGAACCACAUUUCAUAUCGCUCCUAAAGGACUUGGCCAUUGAUAAAUUAUGUGUACAAGGCAUGAAUGACCACUCACAGAUUCAAAGGUUCAUUACAUAAUUUUUAAGAAAAAGACAACGAUAUCGUAAAUUCAAUUCCUGAAAUGUAAGAAAGCUGUGGCAAAGUAUAGCUUACAAAAUAAAUAAGCCACAUUUUUAAAACAUGAACAAAUCAGAACAAUUCCUUUCCAACUACAAUGUUCCUAAGAAACUCUUGUUUUUUUAUGGAUAGUACAGGAUGUCUUCCACAGCAGUAAAAUACAGAGAAGCGUCCGCGGAAGAAAACAUAUAACGGUAAUAGACUCUGUAU